GAUGGCGGAGUCCGGCGGGGCCGAGUUCGCCUUGGAGCGGCCGAGCAGCCUGGCUGACAAGAACCGCGCCCUGAAAUGCACAUUCUCUGCUCCUGGCCACAGCACCACUCUCCUGCAAGGACUGGCCUCGCUCCGGGCUCAGGUUCAGCUGCUUGAUGUCAUCCUCACUAUAAAUAACGAAGCGUUUCAGGUUCAUAAAGUUGUCUUGGCUGCCUGCAGUGACUACUUCAGGGCAAUGUUCACAGGAGGGAUGAGAGAAACCAACCAAGAUGUGAUUGAACUGAAAGGGGUAUCCGCAAAAGGACUGAAACACAUAAUAGACUUUGCUUAUAGCGCUGAAGUGACUCUCGAUCUUGAUUGUAUUCAGGAUGUGCUGGGAGCUGCAGUCUUCCUCCAGAUGGUGCCUGUGGUGGAGCUCUGUGAAGAGUUCCUGAAGUCUGCGAUGAGUGUUGAAACGUGUCUUAAUAUCGGGCAGAUGGCCACCACCUUCAGUCUUGCGUCCUUGAAGGAAUCCGUGGACGCAUUCACCUUUAGGCACUUCCUUCAGAUUUCUGAGGAAGAGGACUUUCUCCACCUGCCCCUGGAGCGCCUUGUCUUCUUCCUGCAGAGCAAUAAACUGAAGAGCUGCAGUGAAAUAGACCUCUUCCACGCUGCCAUCCGCUGGCUGCAGUAUGACCAGUCCCGCCGUGCCAACGCCAGCCAGGUGCUCUGCCACAUUCGCUUCCCACUCAUGAAAUCGUCCGAGUUGGUGGACAGCGUGCAGACCCUGGACAUCAUGGUGGAAGACGUCUUGUGCCGGCAGUAUUUGCUGGAGGCGUUCAACUACCAGAUCCUGCCCUUCCGCCAGCAUGAGAUGCAGUCUCCUCGAACCACCAUCCGCUCAGACAUCCUGUCCCUCAUCACCUUUGGCGGCACCCCAUACACUGACAACGACCGGACUGUGAGCGGCAAAGUGUAUUACUUGCCGGACACCAAUGUGCGUCAAUUCAAGGAGCUCACUGAGAUGGAGGUGGGCAGCAGCCAUGCCUGUGUGGCUGUGCUCGACAACUUUGUCUACGUUGUGGGGGGGCAGCAUCUGCAGUACCGCAGUGGGGAGGGAGCUGUCGAUAUCUGCUACCGCUAUGACCCCCACUUAAACCAGUGGCUGCGCAUCCAAGCCAUGCAAGAGAGCAGGAUACAAUUUCAGCUGAACGUUUUGUACGGCAUGGUGUAUGCUACGGGUGGGAGGAACCGGUCGGGGAGCCUGGCCUCCGUAGAGAAGUACUGUCCCAAGAAGAAUGAGUGGACCUAUGUGUGUUCCCUCAAACGCAGGACGUGGGGGCAUGCUGGGGCCACAGUGGGAGGCAAACUGUACAUAUCGGGUGGAUAUGGAAUAUCAGUAGAAGACAAAAAAGCUCUGCAUUGUUAUGACCCGGCAGUUGAUCAAUGGGAGUUUAAAACCCCAAUGAAUGAACCCAGAGUCCUGCAUGCCAUGGUCAGUGCAAAUACCAGGAUUUAUGCCCUAGGAGGGCGCAUGGACCAUGUUGACCGUUGUUUUGAUGUAUUGGCUGUGGAAUACUAUGUGCCUGAAACUGACCAAUGGACAACCGUGACCCCUAUGCGGGCAGGUCAGUCAGAAGCUGGUUGUUGCUUGUUAGAAAAGAAGAUCUAUAUUGUGGGAGGGUACAAUUGGCACCUGAACAACGUAACGAGCAUCGUGCAAGUGUAUAACACGGAAACGGAUGAAUGGGAAAGGGACCUGCAUUUCCCAGAGUCUUUUGCUGGCAUAGCAUGUGCUCCAGUUAUACUACCACAAAUAACAACCCAGAGAUAA